GUUAAACAGCAUAAAUAGAGAAUGAAUCUCACCAAUUUCACUCCACUUUGCCUCUGUUUGCAGACUGACUUCAGUGGGAAAAUCAAAACUAAACAUGAGCAAGAACGCCAUCUACAAGAACCACGAGCUCCGAAACGGGGACUUCCUGGAAUCCAACAAUGGGAAAUUCAGGGCUUUUUUCCAGGACGAUGGUAACUUUGUCAUCUACACCUGGAAACCGACCUGGGCUUCAGACACAGAUAAAACGGACGCCACCCGGCUGAUCUUGCAGGAAGACUGCAACCUGGUCAUGUACAAUAAGGAUCACAAGCCCAGGUGGCAGAGCAACUCCUCCUCCCAAGGCUGCACCUCCUGCCGCCUUCAGCUGAAUGAUGACGGUAAUCUGGUGUUGAGCAAAGAUGGCAUCCCCCUCUGGACCUCUGCCAACUCUAAAGGCAUGAAGUGAAUUUGGCUGUCAGCUUGUUUUACACAUAAACCAGCCUCUUAAAGAUUCAAUAAAUGCAGAUUUUAAAAAUGCAUACAUGUGUUUUUUUUUCUUGAGAUUGAAAUAAAGUCUCAUUACUAUAAAAUGCA